AUGAGUCUGACUUCCAGUUCCAGCAUACGAGUUGAAUGGAUCGCAGCAUUUACUAUUGCUGCUGGGGGAGCUGCAACUGGUUAUCUAGCUUAUAAAAGAUUUUAUGACAAAGAUCAUCAGAAUAAAGCUAUGAUGAACCUUCACAUCCAGAAAGACAACCCCAAGAUAGUACAUGCUUUUGACAUGGAGGAUUUGGAAGAUAAAGCUGUGUACUGCCAUUGCUGGAGGUCUAAAAAGUUCCCAUUCUGUGACGGGUCUCACACAAAACACAACGAACAGACUGGAGACAACGUGGGACCUCUGAUCAUCAAGAAAAAAGAAACUUAA